AUGACCGCCCGGCCGUGUCCUUUCUGCCGCCGUUCUUCGCUGCCGUCGUUGCGUGACCUCGUGCCGCCGUACUUCGCCGCCGGGUAUCAAGCUGAUGCUACAGGUGAAUAUGUUCGCAUUGGUGAAAGCACAGUGCUAGAGAGCCUACGUCGGUUUGUGGGUGCAGUUGUCGAGAUUUUUGAAGAUGAGUACCUGAGAUAUCCCAAUGAGGCAGAUACAAAACGCUUACUGGCACUCGGUUCACAUAAUGAUAUCAAUGUUCUUCACCGGUCUCCUUUGUUUGCAAACUUGGCAGAAGGUACAGCUCCACAGGUUAAUUAUACUGUUAAUGGGCAUGAGUACACUAUGGGUUACUAUCUAGCUGAUGGUAUAUACCCCUCAUGGGCUACUAUAGUCAAGUCCAUCACUCUUCCUAUGGGGAACAAGAGACAAUACUUUGCCAAGGCGCAAGAAGCAGCAAGGAAGGAUGUAGAGCGGGCUUUCGGAGUUCUGCAGGCUAGGUUCCCCAUUGUUCGAGGACCAGCUCGCUUUUGGGACACACAGACAUUGGCAUUGAUCAUGAGGGCUUGUGUGAUCAUGCACAACAUGAUCGUUGAGGAUGAAGGAUCGGUCGACCCCGACGAGCGUUUCGAUGGCGGUGGUCAAAAUGUGCAACCCGGUCGUGGGCAGGCUACUCGUACUCUUGAUGAAUUUAUUGAAGUGCACAGAAAGAUCAGAGAUGACGAAACACAUUUUCAGUUGAAGGAAGACCUCAUCGAGCACCUGUGGAGUCAUUAUCCGGAUUUAUAUUAG